AUGUCACUACAGGCCCAGCUACAAUUGCACCCGACGUCGUUUUUGCUAUGGCGGAGAUUGCUCGAGGAAAGUCCAACCGAAGAAAACUACCAGCUGGCAUAUAUACGCACCCAGUUUGAUGUGACAAACAACUACAAGAUGUGGGGACUCUACUAUAAACAUUGCACAACUAAGAUCCACGACGCUGCAAAUCUUGACCACCUUUGGCUUCAACAGCUGCAAAUACCGAGUUUGGAUUACGAAAGCCUUCUGAAUGACUACUCAAGGUUUGUGUCAGAUCACUUUGGAGAACAAUACACAGACAAAAUGAAGAACAUACUUCAAAUAAAGAAAAAAGUGACACAGAUACUAGAGAAGAUCGAGCCCUGGGAGAUGCGAAGACAGGACAAAAGUCCUGAAUACUGGAUUGGCUACUUAAAAGCAUUGCACGGAAGCAAAGUGUUGGAUAGAGUGACAAAAAACCGUUUAAUCCAGUGUACAGUAGAAAGAAGUUUAAGCGUUCAGGUUUUCGUACCAGUGGUACAGACCUAUCUGUCAUUCAACUUGGAGGUGGAUGAGUUUGCUUUUUGGGAAAGACUUGUGCAAAUUGAGCCAUCCAAUGCAGAAGUAUGGAUCCAAUGCAUCCGUGACUGUCCUCUGGAUCAGUUUCAAAAAAUACGAUCUCAAUUCAACAGUUACUCUGAUCUAAAUUUGAUACCUGUGUUCUGUGAAAUUCUACGAAUAGAACUACAUCUGUUCAAAGAGAAUCCUGCGGUGGCGCAACCACUGCUGAUUGAGGACACAUACAAUUAUUUUUCAAGAGCAUUAAAAGCAGGGGAUAUAUUCCACACUGUCGCAAAAUUGUGUAUUGAAAUUCAGGAGGAUAUUGGAGACAUUGAUGGCGUCAGAGAUGGGUUUUUACUCCCCUUUUUGGAGGCUUUUGACAACCAAGCGGAAGUGUGGCUUUAUGUCACCGAGUUUGAAAAGAGACAUGGCAACUAUAGACAUGUGACGGACCUAUUCAAAAAAGCAAUGGAUAUUGCCGAAAAGCUGGAUUGGCCUGAGCGUUUAGCUGCUGAAUGGAAAAGAUUUGAGCUGCUCAAAGGCACAGAUGAUAGCCAAGAAUAUUGCGACGAAGUUUGCAAACUCGCACUCUCACGAAUCAAAGGCCAGAAAAGACCAUUUUUGGAGUCAGAACUAGAACAAAAACCAGAAGGGCCGCAAAACAAAAAAAGAGCGCACGAGGACACUUCGGAAACAAAGCCAAGGAAACCGAAAACCGAGACCAGAGAUCGCGAACAUCUCACUAUAUUGGUAGCUAAUCUGCCCUCUUCAAUUGAUGAGAAAGGACUGACCAGUAUAUUCAGCUCCUGCGGAAAAAUUCGUAGCAUUACCUUGUUGGAAGGGAAAGCAACCAUUGAAUUCACAGACGAACAGGGACUCUUAUCAGCUAUGAAGAAAGACGGCACAAUAGUUGAAGACUCGCCGAUAGAGGUGGUCCAUUUGAAAAAUAAUACCCUCUGGGUUGCAAAUUAUCCUCCCGAGAAAACUGCGGAAGACUUGAAGAAGAUUUUUGGACAGCAUGGAGGAGUAUUGGCAGUUAGACUGCCAUCGUUGAAAACCAAUGUGCAAAGGCGUUUUUGCUACGUUGAAUAUUCGUCUGAACAGGAUGCUGCGUCUGCUGUGAAAGCAUUGGAUGGCCAUACGAUACAUGGGAAAACUGGCGAUUUCAAAUUGACAGUCAAAAUCUCGAACCCUGAAGCCAGACAAGAGCGCAAAGGCGCUCUCGAAGAGGGCAGACAGGUGUAUGUCAGUGACUUGGACUUUUAUAAGGUCGAUGAGGAUAAAUUGAGCGAAAUAUUCUCCAAAUAUGGUGAUAUUGAAAUGAUUCGCAUUCCUGUGAGACGUGAUGAAAAGAGUAAGAAGCUCAACAACGGGUUUGCAUUCAUUUCGUUCAGGUCCAGUUCCGAUGCCGUCAAGAGUCUCGAAUUGGAUGGCAAGUUGCUGGCUGGAAGACCAAUGAAAAUCGAGUUAGCUACGCCCAAGAAAAAGAAAGUGUCUGUUCUUGGAACGGGGAAAUUUGAUAGAGCCCGGACAAUCUCAGUGCUCAAUGUUGACGACAAGAUCAACACUGAAACUCUGAAAGCUAUAUUUGAAGAAAUAGGCCCAGUCACCCAGAUAGAGUUGCAGCCCGAGAACAACGCGGCUUUGAUUGAAUUUGAGACUGUUAGAAGCUCUGGUAUGGCAGAUUUCAAGUUCAACGGCCGCAAGAUCGGUGACACUACUGUUCGAAUUGGCACAUUUCAAGAUUUUUUGAGACUGAAGAGAAACAAGACUUAA